UGGGUGUGAAUAAUGUGGGAAAUACUUUAGCUUAGAAGUAUAUCUUAGACGUUAUCAACCAGUUCACGCUGAAGAAAGACCUUUUGAGUGUGGAGAAUGUUUGAAAUCUCUUAGUUCAAACCAGAACCUUAGGAACCAUCAACGCCUUCACACUAGAGAGAGACCUUACGAGUGUGGAGAAUGUGAGAAAUCUUUUAGUCAGAAGCGCAGCCUUGCUUACCAUCAGCGCAUUCACGCUGAAGUAAGACCUUACCAGUGUGGAGAAUGUGGGAAAUCUUAUAUUUCAAAGGGGCACCUCAGGAGCCAUCAGCGCAUUCACACUGGAGAAAGACCUUAUGAGUGUGGAGAAUGUGGGAAAUCUUACAAUGAAAAAGGGCACGUUAGGAGUCAUCAGCGAGUUCACAGAAAGACCUUGUAAGUGUGGAGAAUGUGGAAGGUGUUUUAAUCACAAGAGUAACCUCAUUCAACACAAGCUUGGUCAUAUUAGAAAAAGGCCUUCUGUGUGUAGGGAAUAUGGAACAUUAUUUAAGAGGAAGUCUCACCUCCUUGCACACCAGAGAAUUCAUGGUGGAGAAAAGCCCUAUGCGUGUGAGGCUUGUCAGAAAUUUUUUAGGCACAACUACCAACUCAUUGCACACCAGAGGGUUCACACUGGAGAAAGGCCUUAUGAAUGCAAUGAUUGCGGGAAGUCAUUUACCCACAGCUCUACAUUCCAUGUUCAUAAGAGAGUUCACACUGGUCAGAAGCCUUAUGAGUGCAGUGAAUGUGGGAAAUCUUUUGCUGAAAUCUCCAGUCUCACUAAUCACAGGAGAGUUCACACUGGAGAAAAGCCUUAUGGGUGUAGUGAAUGUGAAAAAAAAUUUAGAAAAAGCUCUUCACUUCGUUACCAUCAGAGAGUUCAUGAAAGAAAGGCCUUGUGAGUGCAGUGAGUCCAGUCUCAGUAAAUACAGGAGAGUACACACCUGAGUAAGAUCUUGUGAUUGCAGCAAAUGUGGAAAAUGUUUACCCGAAAGUCUGCUCUCCUUGGACGUUGGAGAGUUCACACUAGAGAAGAGUCCUUACAAGUAAAAUAAAUUCAGCAGUUUUGUAGCCACACCUCUGUAUUCCUUCAGGAUUAUAGUUAACACUGAAUGAAGGCCUUACAAGUGUGACAAAUAUAGGACAUUUAUCCAGAAGUCUGGCUUCGUAACUCACAGGAGAGCUGUCACUAUGGAAAUGCCUUUUGAGUGUAAUGUUUGCAAAAAAGCAUUGUGCCUUCUCAUUGGAUCCUAGAACACUGAGAUGAGAAAAACACUGUAGAUGUAUAGGGAAUGUUAAUUUUUCAUUUUUUUGGAGAGGGUCUCACUCCAUCACCCAUGCUGGAGUGCAGUGCUGCGAUCAUAGCUCACUGCAUCCUCCGCCCCCUAGGCUCAAGUGAUCCUCCAAUCUUAGUCUCCAUGUAGCUGGGUCCACAGGCGUGCACCACCAUGCCUGGCUAUUUUCUUGUAUUAGUAGAGAUGGGGUUUUACCGUGUUUCCCAGGCCAGAAUUGAACUCCUGAGGUCAAGCAAUCUGUACACCUCCGCUUCCCAAAGUGCUGAGAUUCUAGGUUUGAGCCAGUGCUCUGCCAAUUAUGCUUUUCUGUGUAACAUGAGAGGAGAUCCUUUGAGGGUGCCAUGUGCCCAGAUUGAAAAAACUCCAGGCAUGUGGCAUCUGUACUAUAUUUUUUAGUAUGCCCUGUUACCUUGCUAGAUUUAUGUGACUGCCACUUCUCUGGCAAAAGCCAUUACACCUCAGCUACUUGGUAGGUGCCCACAUUGCAUCAUUCACCUAUUUCGUAUUCUAGAAGUACCCAUUCAUGAGGAAUUGUAUUGUAUCCCAUUCACGAGGAAUUUUUAAGUUUUUUUGUUUGUUUGUUUGUUUGUUCGUUUUUU